AUGACGGGCCCAUUUUCCGUAGCAAGCGGUGCAGUAGGAGUCAUUUCCCUGGGCCUUCAAGUAUCUCGAAGCCUAGUCAAGUGUUGUUCACAAUACAAGAACUUCAACAAAGAUAUUAUCACGUUCAAAUUCAAGGCAGAGACUUUAAAUGCUAUUUUAUAA